CAAAUCUUGUGAGAGAGCAGUGUGAAACUACAAGAGAGAGACAACGGGGAUGGAAGGAGACAAAGGAACUGUGUGUGUGACAGGAGGCACAGGGUUUAUAGGUUCAUGGCUGAUCAAGAGGCUUCUAGAAGAGGGUUACUCUGUCAAUACCACUGUCAGACCUGAUCCAGAAAACAAAAGAGACAUUAGUUUCCUCACCAAUCUGCCAGGGGCAGCCGAAAAGCUGAAAAUUUACAGUGCAGAUCUCAAUGACCCUGACAGCUUCGAUGCAGCCAUUGAAGGAUGCAAAGGAGUCCUCCAUGUUGCCACCCCUGUCGAUUUCGAGUACAAAGAACCUGAAGAAACAGUAAUCAGAAGGGCAAUCAGUGGAACACUAGGCAUCUUGAAGGCAUGCUUAAAAUCAAAGACUGUGAAGAGAGUUGUCUAUACUUCUAGUGCAUCAGCCGUUCAGUUCAACAACGAGGAUGAGGAGAUGAGGGAUGAGAGUUAUUGGACAGACGUGGGAUUUGUUAGGGAAACAUCAAAUCCACACAUGCAUACUUACAUGAUUUCCAAGACUUUGACAGAAAGGGCUGCUCUUGAAUUUGCAGCAGAACAUGGAUUGGAUUUGGUGACAGUGAUUCCUACAUUUGUUGUUGGUCCUUUCAUCUGCCCCAAGUUCCCUAGCUCAGUGCGCUCAACAUUGGCUCUGGUCUUGGGGAACGAGCAUGAAUAUAGCCUUCUUCUAAAUAUAUCAAUGGUGCAUGUUGAUGAUGUUGCAAGGGCACAUAUUUUCCUGCUUGAGUAUCCUGAAGCAAAAGGGAGAUACAAUUGUUCUUACGACACUAUAAGCAUUCUAAAGAUGGCUGAAAUUCUUUCUUCCAAGUAUCCAGAGUUCCCAAUUCCAACAGCAGAUUUCUUGGCUGAAAUCAAAGGUACAAAAGUCCCUGGUUUGUCAUCAAAGAAACUAUUGGAUGCAGGUUUCAAAUUUAAAUAUGGGGUUGAGGAAAUGCUUGAUGAAGCUAUCAAGUGCUGCAAGGAAAGAAACUAUCUUUAGAAGUGUCGAAAAAUAUUGUUGAAUCAGUUCCUAUGAAUCUUUCUGGGUUCAGAUGAGGCUGACGAAGUUUGUGAUAAUGUACAUCAAAUUAUAAGCUUGAAGUUUGUGAUAAUGUACAUCGAUAAUGUACAUCAAAUUAUAAGCAUGAAGUUUGUGAUAAUGUACAUCUAAUUAUAAGCUUGAAAACCAUAAAAUCUAUGUAUGUUCUGCUGUUCUUUUUUGUGUUUCCAAACUUGUUAUGCUGAAGUUUCAUUUACAUUAAUCUGCCAAACGUUGUAAAACAAAUGCUUCUUAAGAUAAAUUUUAAUGGGGCUGCUGGAUGCUCAGAAUCCAUGCCAGUUUGUAU